GCGGCGCCCACCCCAGCCCGACGCCGCUGAGCCCCAGGACUGACGGAGACGGCAGGAGCCAGGGCGCGGGUGACUCCCAGCAAGUGCUGUGACGGAAAGAUGCCAGUCCGCAGGGGCCACGUUGCUCCCCAGAACACUUACCUGGACACUAUCAUCCGCAAGUUUGAGGGCCAGAGUCGCAAGUUCCUGAUCGCCAAUGCGCAGAUGGAGAACUGUGCCAUCAUCUACUGCAACGAUGGCUUCUGCGAACUCUUCGGCUACUCCCGUGUGGAGGUGAUGCAGAGACCCUGUACCUGUGACUUCCUCACAGGCCCUAACACUCCAAGCAGUGCUGUGUCCCGCUUGGCACAGGCCCUGCUUGGGGCUGAAGAAUGCAAGGUGGACAUCCUCUACUACCGCAAGGAUGCCUCCAGCUUCCGAUGCCUGGUGGACGUGGUGCCCGUGAAGAAUGAGGACGGGGCUGUCAUCAUGUUUAUCCUCAAUUUCGAGGACCUGGCCCAGCUCCUGGCCAAGAGCAGCAGCCGCAGCCUGACCCAGCGUCUGCUGUCGCACAGCUUCCUGGGCUCUGAGGGCUCUCACAGCAGGCCGAGCGGACAGGGGCUCGGCCCAGGCCGAGGCAAGUACAGAACCGUCAGCCAGAUCCCACAGUUUACACUCAACUUCGUGGAGUUCAACCUGGAGAAGCACCGCUCGGGCUCCACCACAGAGAUUGAGAUCAUUGCUCCUCACAAGGUGGUGGAGCGGACACAGAACGUCACUGAAAAGGUCACCCAGGUCCUGUCCCUGGGCGCAGACGUGCUGCCGGAGUAUAAGCUGCAGGCUCCGCGCAUUCACCGAGGCACCAUCCUGCACUACAGCCCCUUCAAGGCUGUGUGGGACUGGCUCAUCUUGCUGCUGGUCAUCUACACGGCGGUCUUCACGCCCUACUCGGCCGCCUUUCUGCUCAGCGACCAGGAGGAAUCGCAGCGCGGCACCUGCGGCUACACCUGCAGCCCGCUCACCGUGGUGGACCUCAUUGUGGACAUCAUGUUUGUUGUGGAUAUUGUCAUCAACUUCCGAACCACCUACGUCAACACCAAUGAUGAGGUGGUCAGCCACCCGAGACGAAUCGCUGUCCACUAUUUCAAGGGCUGGUUCCUCAUUGACAUGGUGGCGGCCAUCCCUUUUGACCUGCUUAUCUUCCGCACUGGCUCAGACGAGACCACCACCUUGAUUGGGUUGCUGAAGACGGCGCGCCUCCUGCGGCUGGUGCGCGUGGCCCGCAAGCUGGACCGCUACUCGGAAUACGGAGCCGCCGUGCUUUUCCUGCUCAUGUGCACUUUUGCGCUCAUCGCACACUGGCUGGCUUGUAUCUGGUACGCCAUCGGCAACGUGGAGCGACCCUACCUGGAGCCCAAGAUCGGCUGGUUGGACAGCCUGGGUGCGCAGCUCGGCAAGCACUAUAACGGCAGCGACCCGGCCUCCGGACCCUCUGUCCAGGACAAGUACGUCACGGCCCUCUACUUCACCUUCAGCAGCCUCACCAGCGUGGGCUUUGGCAACGUGUCACCCAACACCAACUCCGAGAAGGUCUUCUCCAUCUGCGUCAUGCUCAUUGGCUCCCUUAUGUACGCCAGCAUCUUCGGCAACGUGUCGGCCAUCAUCCAACGCCUGUACUCGGGCACCGCUCGUUACCACACGCAGAUGCUGCGUGUCAAGGAGUUUAUCCGGUUUCACCAGAUCCCCAACCCGCUGCGACAGCGCCUGGAAGAGUAUUUCCAGCACGCCUGGUCCUAUACCAACGGCAUCGACAUGAACGCGGUGCUGAAGGGCUUCCCGGAGUGCCUUCAGGCGGACAUCUGCCUGCACCUGCACCGGGCCCUGCUCCAACACUGUCCCGCCUUCCGCGGGGCCAGCAAGGGCUGUCUGCGCGCGCUCGCGGUCAAGUUCAAGACCACGCAUGCGCCGCCGGGGGACACUCUGGUGCACCUGGGCGACGUGCUCUCCACGCUCUACUUCAUCUCUCGUGGCUCCAUCGAGAUCCUGCGCGAUGACGUGGUGGUGGCCAUUCUAGGGAAGAAUGACAUCUUUGGGGAGCCUGUCAGUCUCCAUGCCAGGCCAGGCAAGUCUAGCGCAGAUGUGCGUGCCCUGACCUACUGCGACCUGCACAAGAUCCAUCGAGCGGACCUGCUGGAGGUGCUGGACAUGUACCCUGCCUUCGCAGACACUUUCUGGGAUAAGCUGGAGGUCACCUUCAACCUGCGGGACGCAGAUGGGGGUCUCCAGUCAUCACCCCGACAGGCUCCAGGCAACCAAGGUCCCCAAGGCUUCUUCCUCAAUGACAGCCAGUCAGGUGCUGCCCCUUCCCUGAGCAUCUCAGACGCAUCUGCACUUUGGCCUGAAUUGCUACAGCAAAUGCCCCCAAGUCCCUCAAACCCACGGCAGGACCUGGAUUGCUGGCCUCGGGAGCUAGGCUCUAAAUUAGAGCAGCUCCAGGACCAGAUGAACAGACUGGAGUCCCGUAUGUCGUCAGACCUCAGCCGCAUCCUGCAGCUACUUCAGCAUCCACAGAACCACGCCAGCUACAUCCUGGGAGCCCCUGCCUCCAGUGACCUGGCCUUGUUUCCUGAAACUUCAGUGACUCAGAGUCCAGAGCCCAUGCUUCUGGCGAGACAUAUGCCCUCUGCACAGACCCUAAACUAUGGUGACUUGGACAAACAUCUUCGGAAGCCCAGGAAUUUCUCCCCCAGGAUGCCUCACUUGGCUGUGGCAAUGGACAAAACUCUGGUGCCAUCCUCAGAACAGGAACAGCAGGAGGGGCUCCCGUCAACUCUAGCCUCACCUCUGUGUCCCCUGGGAGUACAGGGACUCAGUGGUCCCCGCUUUCCCUCCCUCCCUGAACACCUUGGCUCUGUUCCGAGGCAGCUGGAGUUCCAGAGACAUGGUUCAGAUCCUGGAUUCACAAGGAGUUAGGGCCGUUGGACCCCAAGAUAAAAGCCACCACGAGGGAAUUUAAACACAGGGAGGUUGAGAGUUAAGCCCCCUGAGGGGACGGGUCCAAGACAGCCCUCCCAAUAAAACUCUGAAAACUAUUUUCUCAGAGAAACUACAGACUGCUGAGCCAGGUGACCAGAUGGCCUGAGUGAAGGGGUUCACAUCUUGGCUCAGCCUCCUUGGGGGUCUAUGUAAUCGGCAAGCCAGGCAGAAGGUUGCUUGGAGGUAGCUUACAGCAUGCGAGGGUCAGUGCCGAAGGGAGACACUUCUGAUCUUCAGGAGAAUCUUGCUGGGGGCUGCACGUGGUCACCUCCCAGCUCAGUACCACCUUCUCCUUCAAAAGCCCAGACCCAAGGCCAGGGCUGACCAGACCUUUGCCAAAAGCCUCUAAUACGGUUGGACUUAAGAGUGCCCUCUGUGGUGGACAUAAAAGACAGCUCCAGCCCCCUAACCCCUCUAGCCCCAAGAAUUCCAGGACAAUAUCUGGGUCCCUUGGCGGCAUGCAGUGUCACACAGCUAAUAAAGUCUUGAACAUUUCGUGUUGGGCUCGCUCUGUAACUUUUCUGAGCAUCUUCAGGUCCGAGCCUACGCCUAUGCUUAUGCUUCUCCGAGUCCUUCUCACAUCAAUGGGACACCUGAAGGUGUCUCAGCUGAGCCCUGGAGCUCCACAGCCCGAGGCCAGGUCCAGAUGAAGGAAAACAGAUUCGGCCUGUGAGACUAUGGCACUUACCAGAGUCUGAGUGGGUCUUCUGGGCAUGUCAUGUUCUGCUUUCUGCCCUGGCAAUGGGUACAUGGAUGUGUUCAGGUUAGAAAAACAUGUGCAUUCCCAUGUAAAUUAUAUAAAAUAUAAUGUAAAUAAUAGAAAAAUAAGCUACAUAAAAAUUUAAAUUAUAUAAAGACAAAUCAAACUUAAAAAAGAAAAGGAAGUGCACAGUAGGCUUGUUCACACAAGGGGACAUGACUGAAAGGCGGUUGAUAAACGUAUACCAUUGUCCCUCAAGGCUUCCAGUGUUUGUUUCUGUUAAAAAAAAAAUCACAUUCAUUAAAAGAUGUAUUUUUAUGGGCUGGAGAGACGGUACAGCCCUUAAGAGCACUAGAAGCCCUGGCAGAGGACCUGGGUUGGAUUUCUCAUGUGAUGUCUCACAACCAUCUGUAACUCCGGUUGCAGGGGAUCCAAUGCCUCUGGGUUUUUUGUUUGUUUGUUUGUUUGUUUUAGGAUUUUUUUUUUUAUUAAUCACAGUUUAUUCACUUUGUAUCCCCCCUGUAGCUCCCUCCGUCCUACCCUUCCAAUCCCACCUUCCGAUGCCUCUUCUUGACUUCCGUGGGCACUUGUACACCUGGUACACUUAGGUACAUACAAAUACACAUAAAACUAAAUAAUGUAUUCUUAAAUUGUGUUUUAUAAUAUUGCCUAACGGUUCAAUAAAGCCUUUCAAUAC